CCUCAAAACUCCUAAAAUACACAUAGAGAGAGAGAGAGAGAGAGAGAGAGAGAGAGAGAGAGAGACGAAAACCUCUACAAUCUUACAAAACCUUCAAUCGCUUAAUCAUGCCGGUCGUCCCCAUCUGCUCCGUCCCUCAAUCUCGCGAAGGGUAUUACGCGACGAACAACCAGUUUCAGAUGAGCGGACCAAAAGGGUUCACGGAAUUCAAGAUAAUGGAGAACGACGACCUGUUCGUGAGGAUCGACCUGCCAGGCGUCCCGAGAAACGGCGUGAGCGUAAAACUGGACGGAUCGAAGAAGACGCUGGCGAUCGAGGCGCUGGCCCCCAAGGAGCACAAACACGACUUGUCCCCGAGGAGGUAUUCCACUUCCACUGGACUCGUCUGCGACUGCUGCUUUAUCUCCAGAUUUUGCUUCGACAUGCUUGACGGCGUCCUCAGGCUUCUCCUCUCCAAGACCAAGAUCAACGCUUCCCGCCCUUCCUGCCUCGAUAUUGCGAGUCGCCCACACGCUCGCGUUUGCACCGAUCCUUUUGACCCGAGAUUAACGGGUCGGGAAUUAGCGCCGCACCCGUGUGUAGUGGAAGGGCCGGAGAUGGCUUACGAGUGGAAGCAGCUACAGAACGGGGGAAUGUACGUAAGGGUAGACAUGCCUGGCGUCCCCAAGGAGAGGUUCAAGGUUUUGGUCGAAUGUGGUCGGGUUAUGGUCAUCGGCCAAUCCCCUGCCGUCGGAUUCGACUCCCAUGGCCGAUCCUACGGCUCUAACGUCGCCAUGCUCUCCUCCCUUGCUGACAUCCCCAGCCGUCGCAUCAAGACCAUUGCCAAGAACGGUGUCCUUCGCCUCAUCAUCCCUCCCGUUUAGAUCAAUCAAUCAAUCAUCAUCUUUGUGUCUGAAUGUGCUCCUUGUUAUGUUUCUGGACUUUGAAGUCUUCUCUCGCCUUCCAACUGUCUGAACUGAAACAUCUUUAGAGUUGUCUAGUUAGUCAGUUAUCCAUGGUUAUC